AUGGAUGGAGAUAUGGGUGAGAUGUCUAUCCAUAGCCAUGUGGAACUUGCGCACACUCAGGAUGGAAGGGCCAUGCUUGAUUCACGGGAUCUUUCGGCUGCCUUCCCAAGACCCUCUUUAGGGGGCCACUCUCUGACCCAGGAGCCUGAGCACAGGGGUCCUGGAUACGACCACUCCAUGCCUCCGAUUGGCUACAGCAGAGAUAAUCCAUCCAGCUGUGGCACAACUUAUACUACACUGACUCCUCUCCAGCCCUUUGAUGACAAAUUCCACCAUCACCAUCAUCACCAUCAUCCCUGUCUGCCAGUCAGCAAUGUCAUUGGGAGCUUCACCCUUAUGCGUGAAGACAGAGGUCUGAGUGGGAAUUUCUACAGUUCUUAUGGGAAAGAUUUGGGAAUGCCACACAGUCUGUCCCCUCCGUCUGUGGGCUCCAGCUUGGACACAGCCAUGCAUAACUAUGGGAGCCUAGGAAACCAAAACGGACACGGUAGUCAGAUGUUUGUGGGCGGGCAUGAAGUCCAUCAUGGUGGCAGCGGUGGCAUCAACAUCUUCUGCCAAACACCAGAAUUUGGGCGGGAGAUGUCACCACCUUCUCUGGGAGGUGACCCGGGCAUAAGCCACCAGGUGAGCAAAAUGGACACUCACCAACAGGCAGCCAGUUACCACUCCCACAUCUAUAGCCAGAGCUACCAACACCACCAUCCCAGCCAACAGACCUCCAAGUUGGGUGAGCUCCAUGCUUCUUCCCCUUCCUCUUCAUCUACAUCCUCCACUGCCUCCUCUAGCCUGCUCAGAGAUGGCAUGCUCCAUGGCUCCCAGAGCAGUGGAGGAGGAGGUGCAGGAGAGGAGAUCAACACCAAGGAUGUGGCCCAGCGAAUCAUUACUGAACUGAAGAGAUAUAGCAUUCCACAGGCCAUCUUUGCCGAGAGGGUGCUAUGCAGAUCACAGGGUACCUUGUCUGACCUUUUGAGAAACCCAAAGCCUUGGGGCAAGCUCAAAUCAGGACGAGAAACCUUCAAGAGGAUGUCUCGAUGGCUUCAGGAGCCUGAAUUUCAAAGGAUGGCAUCUCUACGACUGGAAGCUUGCAAAAGGAAGGAACAGGAACAGAGCAAACUGGAGAGGAACCAGGGUCCCAAGCGUACCAGGCUGGUCUUCACCGAUCUGCAGCGACGGACUCUCAUGGCCAUCUUCAGGGAGAACCAUCGGCCGGCCAAGGACCUGCAGGUCACCAUCUCUCAGCAGCUCGGGCUGGAACUCUCCACUGUCAGCAACUUCUUCAUGAACGCUCGACGUCGGAACCUCAACAAGUGGAGCGAUGAAACCAGGCCCUCCUCCACGGGUUCCUCGGGCUCCAGCGCCUCCUCAUCUGCUGUGUCUUGCAGCACUGCAUGA